GAUGAUGCCGCGCGCUUCUUCGCUUACACCACGCGUGUUUGUUUGUGAAGAUAAUGUGAUGAAUGGUGAUUAUUAUUAAUCUGAUCUGAUUAUAUUAAUGCGAUUGUUCUGAUUGAUUGAUGAUGAGGUCUCGGUUUAUCAGCGGGUUUGUGUUCGGCGCGGUGUUCAGCACGGGUUCAUGUAUCGCAGCUCUUAAACUCUAUUUACAUGAAGAACAGAAAACACACAAAGAAAGCCCCGCCCAUCGACUCAUCGAGCGCUUUGGCCUCCCACAAACCGGCGCUGAGACUCGAUUCUACAUCAACCACAUCCUGUCGUACGAUCAGACCCGCCGGACUCCCCGAUGGGUGGCAGAGCAUCUGUCCGAUCAGAGGUUAUUGGGUAAAGCCAACAGGAAACACUGCAAAUUCAAACCAGACCCCGACGUUCCCGAGCCGUUCACAGCGCGGAACGAGGACUAUCUGCGCAGCGGCUGGUCGAGAGGUCACAUGGCGCCCGCCGGCGACAACAAGAUUUCUGAGCAAGCGAUGGCAGAAACCUUCUAUCUGUCCAACAUCGUCCCACAGAACUACGAAAACAACGCUGGAUUCUGGAACAGGUUGGAGAUGUACUGCAGAGAUCUGACGCAGAGGUUCGGUGAUUUGUGGAUCGUCUCCGGUCCUCUCCUGCUGCCACAGGUGGGAGACGACGGCAAGAAAACCAUCUCUUAUCAGCUGAUCGGACCAGAUGACGUCGCCGUCCCCACUCACCUCUAUAAAGUCGUCCUGGCGCAGAAGGACUCGUCUGCGGACUCUCUGGCUCUCGGGGCGUUUGUGGUUCCCAACGCUCCGAUCGGCUUUGACCAUCAGCUGACGGAGUUCCAGGUGAGUUUGCCCGAGUUAGAGCGGCUGUCCGGCCUCACGUUCUUCCCCAAAGUGAGCCGAACAGAACACCUGCAGAACUUGUGUGAUGUGGACUCCUGUCAGCUCAUGGACUUCAAACAGUUCACGCUUUACAUCACGGGCCGUAAGGUCACGAGCGCUCGAACGCUCGCGCGGUUGGAGAAGGUGAUGGCGGAGCUGAGAGAUGCAGGUAUCCCACCUGACAACUACCUGAACAACCUUUACCUGGAGAAGAAAGGAGAACUUGUUAAGGGAGAGGAACCGGAGAACAAAUCUGAUGCUUGAGCGUUCUGGAUUCUUGCAUUAGUAGUUUUUAGCGGAUUUACCGAAUGUUGCAGGAGUUCGUCUAUAAGCUUGCUUGAAAUAUUCAAGUUUCUCAGUGUUAUCUGUAUUUCUUCUUGUGUUAAAAGCAUUUCGUUUCUUGAGUUUUUACUUUUUCAGGCUUGAAUCAGUUGACAAAAAUAAUACAAUCUUAAAAUGUCUCAGGCUCAUCUGUGGAUAAAGUAUUUCUGAUUUGAGUAAAUAUGGUGUGUUUGAGUGUUAUUUCAGCUAUUGGAUUUGUGUGAUUUAUUGUAUAUACAGGACGAAUCUCAGUUGCGUCUGAGACCGUCAAUCCGCACAUCUGAUCACGUGACUUGUUGAGCUGUUACCGCGGAGACGUGGCACGUGUGGAGGCUUCACGCUAUUCUCCGCGGCAUCCACGCACAACUCACCACACGCCCCACCGAGAGCGAGAACCACAUUAUAGCGACCACGAGGAGGUUACCCCAUGUGACUCUACCCUCCCUAGCAACCGGGCCAAUCACUCAGCACCUCCAGGAUGGUAUUCAGUGUACAUUGAUAAUCACGUCACAGGAAGUGGAGAGGGAAAUUUACCCACCAGUCAUUGCAAACCAGCAGAAUACUGACGUAAUAUGGCUGAAAUUAAUGCUAAAAUCAAAUAAAGGAGUUUGAGAUGCUCUCAGACAGACAGACAGACAGUUAGAUAGAUAGACACACAGACAGACCGAAAGAGACAGAUAGAUAGACAGACAGAGAUGGAUAGAUAGAUAUAGACAGACAGACAGACAGAUAUAGACAGACAGACAGACAGAUAUAGACAGACAGACAGACAGACAGAGAUGGAUAGAGACAGACAGACAGAAAGAGAUAGACAGAUAUAGAUAGAUAGACACACAGACAGACAGAGAUAGAUGGAUAGACAGAUAUAGAAAGACAGACAGAUAUAGAUAGGUAGAUCGAGACAGAGACAGAGGUGCACUUUCUCCUUUACUGCCCAAAAUGUAAAAAUACAAGGGACAUUUAUAUGCAUAAAUUAACACACAGCAUAGACAAAUUUAUAACAAUGACAGAACAAGAACAAAUGAACAUAAUACUUGGAGAGGGACACACAGCAGCACUGGCUGAAGAUACGUUUUAACGUGUCACAGCCUGAGAGACAGUGGGUGAAUCUGUGUUAUGUGUUUUACCCCCGUGUGUCACCCCAAUAUUCACCACAGUGACCCUCAGUGUAUGUGUGUAUAUUCAUUUAUGUGUCAGUAUAUGUCAGUUCUCUUCAGUUAUUUAAACACUGUGGUCUUCAGCAGUUCUGAUCCUGUUUUGUAUUUAUUUUUAUUAUUUAUUUUUAUAUUUGUUAAAUUUGUUAAACUAAAUGUAUAGAUUAAUGUGUAGUUCUUUUUUACACAGCCUCUGCUUUGGCAAUACUGUAUCGAUUAUAUUCAUGCCAAUAAAGACCCUUUGAAUUGUAUUGAAUUGAUAGAUAGAUAGAUAGAUAGAUA